GGGGCACAAUGGGGCGGGGGCAGAAUGGGGUGUUUGCAGGCUUUCUCAACUGUGUUUCAAAUAUACGUACACACUUUCACUUAAACGCGUGGUGCUUGGAAUGUAACCCCCCAUGAAAUUUGGGAGUUGCCUGUAUUGUUAAUUUCAUCACCUCUGUUAUAGGUGUACUGGUACGCUGUUGCUGCACGUGAGACUGCGUGAGAAUAGGUAAGUGGGUGUUGUUAUUGCUUUCAUUUAUCAGUUGCUUUUUACAGUAAAAAAGCCUCAAAGCAGUUUGACAAGAAUAAAAUAACAAGUUAAAACUAGAGAAGGUUUAAAAACACUAACAAUACAAAAUGCUCGCUAUUAUGUAAAUGAACAGUUCCUCAUCCCACCUUCUCUCCAACGUCACCAAGCUCUGGUAGCAUAAGGAUUCUGCAGGACCCACAUAGAUUCCUUAUGCCAGUGCACCUCUAGGCUCUGUUGAAAAAGGUGGAUUUAGGAGCAAUCUUAACCCCACCUGGGUUGGCUUAAACAAGGAGUAGGAUUGCAAUGUUAAUCAAGUAGUCCAGUCAGGUAAACAAAUUUCCAUUGUAAUAUGAAUCACUGCCAACUCCUGCUGAUUAUAAGCUUUGUUAUUUUCCAAAGAAUAAAAUUGAUUUUCGUCCAACAACUACUUUUUCCAAUAUCAAAGCAAAACAACUCAGGCUGGCAACAUGCAAAUUAUUGGAGAAGUGCUCAGCAGACAUUGUAGAUUAUGAAAAUCUACUUUGUUCAAAUUACAUUGCACGCCAGUUAAUUUUACUUGUUAUUUGCAUUAUGUUGCACUUCUCCACAUUUUCAGUCAAAUGUUAAUACUCUAGUAAUAAAAUCCUCAUAGAACAUGCAUGCCUUUUUGCCAAGAAAGACCCUUAUUUUUAAAAACUGCAAAAUGAACUCACUGUAAGAAAUGUCUGAGUUUAAACUGAGGAUUAAAAAAUUAACGACAUAUUUCUCUGUUCCCAAUGUUCUUUCAUGGUCUUCUGAAAACUCUUUUGCACCCUCUAGAAACAUAACAUAGGGAUGGUGAAGUAAUGGCUCUCCAACUGUUGGACUGCAACUCCCACAAUCCCUGACCAUUUGCCUUGCUGGCUGGGGUUGCUGGGUGUUGAAGUCCGACAACAGCUAAAGGAACCACAUUUUAUUCAUGUAAAAACACAUAUGUAACAGUAAGCAAAACACUAAACUAAAACUCAAAAAAAAGAGACAGCAACUUAAGUAAAUUCCCCGAUAAAGCAGGAGUUAUGAGGUAACCAUGGAACUCCUCAGGCUGCAAGAGUCCUCUUGUUUAUUCAUUAUGGCUUUUUCAAUAUACCGUAAGCUGCAAAUGUAGGGCUAAUACGUGACAUGUCAAAUAUCUAUUAGGAACCUGUGCACACAGAUACACAUUCUUAAAAUAUGGCCCUCUUUGGAUAGCCCUGGGCAAAUACUCUGGUUACUACAAGGUUGUAGAAUGUUCAGAUAAAUUGGAAAAGAACAAAUUAAAGGACGCCGAGAGCGAAGUCCAGGAUUUCUGCAUCUGAAACAAAUGAGUUCUGCCAAAAAUGUAUUUUUGGAAGAUAAAAUGAAAGGUAAAUUAAAUUCAUAUCAGCACCACUUCAAUUUGUUUUUGUUUGUGUACAUACCAGCGGGCGAUGACAGGGUGGGGAUGUCUUUACCCUAUGCAAAAGGGUUCACAUCUUAGCUAGAGAUGAAUUAGAAAUGGCUUAAGGAUUCCAAUGGGUGUGAAGUUGGUUUGAAAAACAAUACAAGCAGGAUACAUACACAUUUGGGAUGUCAUGUGAAUAUGGAUUAAAAACCCAGUAUUGGAAAUGCAGAAUGUGCACAGUAAGCAGGAGUGUGAACAGAACCUUAAGAGUCUUUUUUUAAAAAAUGAUUUAUUGCAGUGUGUUUUAUUAUGUUAGGGUGGACUGAUAUGGCAAAUUAGAAAUGAAGGGAGCUUUUUGAAGAUUGUAAGGAGAUAGAUUGCUUCCAACCUCAUGAGCCAAUUCUGUGAGGAAUAAGCCUUUGCUCCAGUACAAAUAUUGAGUAGGUUGGGAAGGUGGGUGGACAAAGAUAAGUAAAAUUAAAUAAGGAGGAGGGGAAUCUUUCUCUUUGUUCCGCAGUUGCAAUUCAUCAUAGUGACCUGUGCUUGUGUAUUAGUCUGGAGGAAUUCUCCAAAGUUAUCAUUGCAAUUUUCUAACCAGAUGCCUGCACCUUCAAUGGAACAACCAGAAAUCCAACAGGUGUCCUUUUUUUUUCCUGGUGUGAAAAAAGCUUCCUCCUCCUCCCUACUGGUUAAAAUCUACCGCCUUGGUUAUGAACAUCCCACAUUUUCAGUUCUUCAGACCCAGUUAUAUGACCAGUAGCCCUGGGCAGGAAAGAAAAGCAGCAAGCAAUACGCCCAAACAAGGACUUGCGCGGAAUGAAACCGGGAGAAACCGCAGAAGCAGAGGCAACAGACAGGAAAGGACUGGGAGGCGGCGUAGCAGCAGCAGCGGGGGGGCGUGGCUUAGAACUAGCAGCUGUAGAGGCGCGAGAGGGGGCGUGGCCCAAGCGCCGGUGGCGCAGGGACGGACACGCGGCCAGCAAUCUGACAGCUCACGUGACGCGGCACAUGGGCAACCGAGACGGGCUAGGGAGAGCUGAGCCUGCGGCGAGCACACGGAACUCUUUCUGGGAGGGGCGGGGCUUUCUGGGAGGGGCGGGGCCUCGGCGUUGGCCGUUGAGAAGCUGCGGCUCCGCGAGGGCGUCAUUUGAAAGGGGUUGCUAGGCGACGGCUCGCCGGUGGGGGCGGCGCCUCAACGGAAAGGCUUUUCCGUUACAAUGACGGCGUACCACCGCCAGUCUGAAGGGGAAAGGCGAAGGGGCGGGUGGCUGGAGUGGUGCGGCUGAAGCCAGCGCGUCUUUUUUUUUUUUAUUUCCCUGAGGCGAAGUCGUGUGAGCGAGACAACGCGGCGUCCCUUCCUUCGUGACCGAAGAAAACGACGGCUGUCGAGGGUGGCGUUCCCGGAGAUGGGCUGCGGCGUGGCUAACAGGUGGGAGGAAUGGCCGACAGGAGAGCCGUUAGGCGGCUCCCUGAAACCGAGGGGCUUCGUGUCGGGGGCGCUGGACGACCUUCGGCGCUGCCGGAGGCAGGUUGGGUGUCGUGUCAGAAAAGGGGCGGGGCCUGAAGGGUUGCGGGCGGCUAGAGCUGGGGGUUUAUUAUUACACUUCUCCACCCUCAAGACGUGACUCCCUUUACCUUGACGGCUUAAAGGGGCCGGGCGCUGCAGCACGUCCCGUUCCCGGCAAAGGAGAAAGCGUGGGUGGGUUAAAAGCGAGGGUGGCCGCGAGGAGGCGACGUGCGCUACCUCCCGCCUUCCAGCAGCUUCGCAGCGGCCAAUGGGCGGGAAGGAAGGCGAGCAGUCCGGCGGAGUGGCGUGUCUCUGGCCCAAAGAGAAAAAGAGGGAGCUGGAGGUUCGGCUUGCCUUUGCGCCGCCUCGCUGCCCGCCCACCGCAGCUCUCUGCGUCCAAUGGGAGGCGCGCUGUGCGAAAAGGGGCGGGAGGAGUGUGGGGUUAGGUGAAGAGGGAGGAGGCGCGGCCGGGCCAUAGGCAGCGGCGCUCCUUUGCUGCAGCGUCACCGGGAGACUUGUUGGAGCUACUGUUAGCGGCGGAGGGAAAGCUGCGCCUAGGGGGUGGUGGGCGCCUCUCGACAGGGUUUUCCUGCGCCCGCCACGGGCUUUCUUCGUCCUCCUUUCCCCGCCCCGGCCCCGCGAUCGUCCUCAGGGUCUGACCCUGCGCUUCUUUCCUUGGCAGGGAAGGACCGUGACUAUAGGAGCCUGAGACCAGCAGCGGGCGGCUUGAGGCGGCGGCGGGAGACUGGUGCCCCCAGCUCGCCCCGGGCCCCUCCCCUGCGAUGGGGAAUGGGUUGUCGGAGCAGACGUCGAUCCUGUCGAGCCUUCCUUCCUUCCAGUGCUUCCACAUCGUGAUCCUGGGGCUGGACUGCGCCGGCAAGACCACAGUCCUCUACCGGCUGCAGUUUAACGAGUUCGUCAACACCGUCCCCACCAAAGGUUUCAACACCGAGAAGAUCAAGGUGACGCUGGGCAACAACAAGACGGUCACUUUCCACUUCUGGGACGUCGGAGGCCAGGAGAAGCUGCGGCCCCUUUGGAAGUCCUACACCCGCUGCACGGACGGCAUCGUCUUUGUGGUGGAUUCUGUGGAUGUGGAAAGGAUGGAAGAAGCCAAAACGGAACUGCACAAAAUCACGCGGAUCUCGGAGAACCAAGGGGUGCCCGUGCUCAUAGUGGCCAACAAGCAGGACUUGAGACACUCGCUGUCGCUCUCGGAGAUGGAAAAGAUGUUGGCCACAGGCGAGCUGAGUGCUUCCACGCCGUGGCACCUGCAGCCUACCUGUGCUAUCAUAGGAGAUGGGCUGAAAGAAGGACUCGAGAAACUGCACGAUAUGAUAAUUAAGCGAAGGAAAAUGCUGAGGCAGCAAAAAAAGAAGAGAUGAGCUGCUGUAGGCAUGAGGGGUAAUUCCUUCUUGGCAUUGGACUAAAACAGUUCCCAGCACCUGGCCUGCUUGUUUGGAUCCUGUACAGCCUAAUAAAACACUCAGCCUGGUGGGAAGCUUUGCAGACGCAGACCCUUUUACCUGGUUUCCCCACAAGUUAUUGGCACUACAACUACUUUUUUUAUAUAUAAAGAAAGCAAAACAGAAACAGCUCCCUUGUUGCAUAGUACAAAAUGAUCAGGAAACAGAUGGGUGGGUAAAUGUGACCUGGAUAUCUUAAAUAGCCAAAUAAAACAAUGAAGAGUGUUCUGCUUGGUGGUGUAAUACUAUGUUUGAGAGUGCCUUUGCAAGAAAACUGCGUUCAAGGCAUUCAGUGUUUUUUCAACUACUGCUUGUAUGUGGAGUGUUUAGAUGAAGAUAUGCAGCUUUAAAAUAGUAUCCUUUAACAUAUAUGGAGCUAGUAUACCAUUAUUUAAGGAGGCUGUGAAUGUGGAGGGUUUUUAAUGAAAGUUUGGCAGUAUGGUAUGCUUUUAGAUCUAUUCUCUUAAAAUAACACUUGUGGCUUGGGUGAUUUGAACUACCACUACUGUGGUAUUCAUGUUAUCUGAAGCUUGAUAGAGGGAAAAAGUAUGGAAUAUAUAAGAGCAUGGAUGAGUUUCCUGAUAAUGUAGCAUGUCUUGGUGUGUAGGGGUUCUUUAGAAAUAGCUGUGCAUCGUUAAGCAGUGCUAAUCAGGUUUGGACCAUACUUAUUUGUCCUAUGGAGACAUGUUCUAAAACGUUUGCUCGCAACAAACACUGAACAAUGAGUCAAAAGUAAACUAUGACCAUAAGGGACUUGGGUUUCUGGAUUUUUAUAGUGCAAUAUUACCUUUAAAUGAAAUUGAUGGCAAUAAAAUUUGAUCAUAAUUAAUUGUAAAUUAAGCUAAAUUCAACAAAACUACAUGUCCCACGUGCCCAGUGCUGUUAAAAUGUACUGCCAGGUUAUUUUAUUACCCCUGCAGUACUCUUAAGAAUGUAUCGAAGCUUUAUACACUUGAAACAUUUUGACACUGUGGAAAAACAAGAGUUUAAAGAUGACCUGUGUCUGCUCAAAUUAUGCUUUAAGCUUUCCUUGUUUACAGUCAUGCAAACAGUGUUAAGUAGGUGGGACAGCAUAUGAUGGAAAGAAAUGAGUUUUCUUACUGGUACAGUUUUUUAAAAAAUAAAUAAAUGGGCAACUUGGGUAGCAGGUUAAAGGGCUAACGUGAAUCCUGUAUUACUCUACUGGUGCUGUGAAACAUAAGAAUAAUUCCAUGGUAAGAGAACAGCUCAAGGGACAACAAGACUUCUCCACUUGGCACAACCCACAACACAGCAUGUUCUCUUACCUACUAGUCAGAUAAUAGGGAGGAUUAGUUGGAAAAUAGGGAGGCUAUCUGAAUGUCAGGAAACAUAACUUAUUGAUACUUGUAUAAAAUCAAAUUUUAUAGCCAGAUACUGCUUAGAAGGUAACCAAAAAUGCACUUUAGUGUUUUCCAAUACUGAAAGUGACAGCUUUUUUUUAAUUAAAAAAAUAAUGAAAUCCUGGUCCUUUUUGAAAGAAUUGAAGUAGCUUCCAAUGGAGCUUUUGUACGUUGGUUAUAUGUACCUGCACUAGUGACAUUGAAAAGUCACUUAAUGUCUAUAUUUAUAGAAAUGUGGAUAACUUCUUAAACCUCAAUAAACCCAACUCCAAAUGAGUCAUUGGCAACAGAAGUUGACAACAUUUCACUGUGCGGAUCAUACUUUUUAUCAGAACUGUCUGCAUGAAACUGAACCCUUUAUUCAUGUGAGAUUUGUAAAUGUGACAAUGUUAAAAAUCGCAGGUAUCUUAUUAAAGAUUUAAUGGCAAUUUGCAUUACGUUCUAUGUUUACAACAGAAAUCUUAUUGAUACAGUCAUUUGUGGUUUAAAAUUCUUUUUUUAUUACAGUGCCUGAUACUGUGGUAUAAAAUAGGUUUUUCUCAUUAAAUUGUGGAAAAGUUCAACUGCUUUAAAAAAAGGUGUGACAUUCUUUGUUGCUUUGUCACAGUUCAGCAUUCUUCAUAACUGCUCUUAAACUCUGAGGCCCUAUGUACACAACUGAAUAUGAAGUAUAAAGGGCUAGCCAUGGUGUUCCCUUCCUUCAUUGAUAGCAAAUACAUUUCCAGAAGAGUAUGCAUGGGUUUUAUCUCCCCUAGCUACAUAGUUUUAAAGUACCCUUUCAAUGAUUAUAAAUAACCAAUGCCAAGCAGGAGUUUAAGCAAAAGUAGCAGGACCCUGACUGUCGGAAUUAAGCCACUGAACACCACAGGAUCCCAAUGCAGAUGAAUUUUGCAUAAGACUCUUAUGCUACACAAACAAUUCUUGCAUGCACCUAUAGUGCUGUGUCCCAUAUGCAUGUGAGAGGUGAAAAUACCUGCAGCUGCCAAGAAUUCAUCUACGUUGAUCCUGUGGACUUCAGUAGGUGACUGACAGGGUCAUACUACCAUUCCUUACAUUUGUCUACUUCAGCCUUUAAGCAUUUUAGAAGUCUUGAUGGUUUUCCAAUAUGUGUAGUAUACUUUAUAAAAACAAAUUGUCAAACAUAAGGUGAUGCCUUAUUAAAGCAGUGCGAGUUUGCUGUGUUGUUUGGAGACUGAAUAGUCAAUUUAGCUGAUCUAGAUGGAGCCAGCUGUCUGCUGAGUACUCCUUUUCAAUAUUUUUGUAAAGGUGUGUCCUCUUAAAACUACCGCUGUGAGAAUUUGCAGUAAGGUGUUUUUUAGUCUCCCCACCUCACACCUUCCUGGUGUGGCAGCACCAGGAAGAACUAAGUAUUCUGCUGCUGGGAAAGAUCCAGUUUGCCCAAGCCAGACAUUCAGCAUUCUGUGGCCAUUGAAUGUGGUGUUUUCUGUGUGUCUGCCAGAGAAGGAAGCCGAUUGCUUGUUUGAGUCUCCCCCCACCCCUUUCAGGGUUUGCUGAACAUGGUUCAUUUUCUCCUUACUGUUGCUUAAAAGGGGUGUACUUACUAGAAGCAAAAUAUAAAUUUACUGGAAACUAACAAUUCUGGGUUAAAGCUAGGGAUUCUUUGAGACUAGGUGAAACUUUCCACUAAAACGGACAGGAAAAGGAGGAAAUACCUGCUGAGAGAAAUACUUAGUGGGUGGGAAAAAACAUUUUCCUAUUUUUCUUGGUCCCUCUUCCUGUGCAAGACUUUGAUGUAGAUUAAUAGGAUUCACUCUGUAGAUAAGGUUGGUUCUUUGGACAUUCAGUAACUACACUUCAGCCACAGAUUUAAGGGGGAGGGGGAAAGCAGCCAAUUUUCUUUUUGUUGGCACAAGCCAGUAUAUUAUCCAUGGUUCACCCAGUUUUGCAAGAACUCAGGGCAGCCACACAUCCUUAAAUCACUAAAUGAAAUUCUGUUGUGCUUCUAAAGGCUAAUUUAUGGAACAUUUUAGUAAAGCUUAGUAUGAUAUUGAAAGAUGCACCAAGACACACAUGUUCUAGUAGUACAACUGUAAUUGUAUUGGUUUAUUCCAUCCAUGAAUGAAGCCAAGGCAAUAUUACAUGUGGUUUCUAACCAGCCACACAUUUGUAGUAUGUGUUAUGCCUCAGUAGCAAUAACUAGUUCUCUCUCUCUCUCUCUCUCUCUCUCUCUCUCUCUCUCUCUCUGUGUGUGUGUGUGGCGCAAUGAAGUUGGAUGACAUUCACUGCAGGAUGAAUGUUUCCAGACAUUUGAAAGUAUCUAAAUCUGAAGGAAAGUGUUACUAGUUCUUCUGAGAUCUAAGCAUGUAGGAUUAGGGAAUUCAGCCAGGCUGUAACAGAUACACAAAUGCAGCAGGGUGAGCAGGAUUGGAGAUGGUUGUUUAUAGCUCUUCUAUGGGGAAAUCCAUUGUUUGUGUUGCAGUGAUUCAUUAAAAUUAUGCUUGGCUGUUUCUCCCUAUCUGAAUAUUUUGAAAGAGAUGCUAUCUAUGUUGAUAAGCAAUAGAUAGAAAGGUUUUGUAUAUAAGCACCAUAUCAUGCUGAAUGUAAACGUGUGGCCAAGAUAGCUACAAUGGGUUGUAUCCAGAUUAAGUUAGUUGCACUUCAACCCCAUUACUUUUAACAUAGGUUAUGUGAAAAGUAAUGGGAUCUAAGUGCAACUAACUUAGUCUGGAUCCUACCCAAUGAGUAUAAUUGAGCAUUUAGAAAAGUUUAACUUGCUCACAGGUCCUUUAUUUCAAUCUGUUUUGGUUUGAAUAGGUAGCUUACAGGUACUCUAAUGCAGACAUAUUUUUCAGUCUCUUAAAAGUUUAUUGCAGUGUUUCAAUCUAUAUAAUCCCUAAUGAAUUUGCUAGAUUUUC